AUGGCAGCAUGGCUAGACCUCUCGGGCGACGACGCAGCGGGCUGGUCCCUGGUCGAUACGGGCCGGAUGGAUGACAUCGUGCAGAGCAUGAGCCAUCCCGCCACACAGUACCCGUCCGUCCUUUCGUUCCUGGGCAAUGACAGUCGGGUGGCAGCCCUGCGUGCGCUCUUUCCCCAGAACAACGUUACCCGCCGAGGACCAGCUGGUCUGGUCCGGUUGCAUCUCAGUACCACGACCGCCAAUACCGAGCAUCCAGUGUGCGCCAUCCGUCGAUCGUUCUCGACGGUACCCAGUUCGGCAAGGCCGAUUCGAAACGCCGUGCGACAUCAAAGACCACCUCCUCACGAGACUGGUGUUUCCGUGGACGCACGUAGCGUGUUUCUUUGCGGGCGGAGAGAACGAGCUGAAGGCUGGUUGGCUGAAACCCAUGGAGACAACCACGCCAGCCCCGCGGACACACCAAGCCUGGUGCGAGUCAUAUUGAUCCUGACGGACCCAACCGCUAUCUACAACGCCGACCCGGUGGAGGCGGGGUUGCCCGGUUCAGACGUUGCGGGCGAGCAACGGCCGACAAUAUCGGUCCUGGACCUGCGCGAUCGUCAUCAGUUGUCGCCCUCUGCCCUAUAUGCCCCACUGCAGCGUCUCCUGCUAGACAGGCUCCAGGACAGCCGGGCGGAGCUCAUGAAGCAGGGGCUGCUCUUCUCCGCCGUUCAUCUCAAGUUCAUGUGGAAUAGGUGCCUUGCGCAAAGUCUUCUGCACCCGGCUGCCCGAAUCAAUUGUCUCUCCCUCUCUCGGGAACGACUGCCGGUCCCGUUUGCGUUCCACGAUGGCCUCGCGGAGUUGCUCGGGGAGGCGUGCAAGGUCGGGUGCCCCAUCCACGAACGGAUGCCGACGCUUCAAUACGCUACCUUUGCUUCGAAAUUGGCGCCAGUAUACGGACUACCGCCCUCAAAUUCAUGGGACGAUGGUGGACAGUUGCGAUAG